AUGUCUGUUUGCAACUCCCGUAAGAGCCGACGUAAACACUGUAAAUACAGAAUUCCUUCAUCAGAUUUGUCAUUUGUAAACAGACAGUCAAGUAUGUCUAAUCCUGUAAAUAUUGUAAAGAAUCCUCUCUGUAUCAGUACAUGGAAUGUUACUUCUCUUGUCAGUAAUUCCAGUAAGAUGUAUCAAUUAGGAAAAGGUUUUGAUGAUUAUGGACUAGAGCUCCUUGGGGUAACUGAAACACAUAUGGCUGGAUCAGGAACUCAGACUUUGGACAAUGGGGCUGUUUUGGUUUAUUCUGGCAGGAGCGAUGGAGUACGGAGAGAAGGAGUUGGUGUUGUUCUUUCCAAAAAGAUGAAGAAUACUCUCAUAUCAUACACCCCUGUAUCAGGACGGGUUAUAACUGCCCGUUUACAUAGCAAACACAUCAACAUUAGUGUUACAGUUGUGUAUGCUCCAACUGAGGAUGCAGAGAUCAGUUUAAAAGACUCAUUCUACAAGGAAUUGAAUGAUGUUCAAUCGGGACUACCAGCACAUGAUAUAAAGAUAGUUUUAGGAGAUUUUAAUGCUCGUGUUGGAAGGGAUACUGAUGCUCACCCUGGUGUUAUAGGAAAACACUCAUAUCACACAGAAUCAAAUGAUAACGGAAAACGGAUGCUAGAUUUCUGUACUAUGCACCAGCUGACGAUCGGAGGCACACUCUUUGAACACAAAGAUAUCCACAAGACAACAUGGAGAUCCCCAAAUGGUAACACCGUCCGCGUCACUCAAAUUGACCAUAUGUGUAUUUCGACGAGAUGGAGCCAUUCUUUGCUUGAUGUCAGGAGCAUGAGAGGAGCAGAUAUAAAUACUACUCACUAUCUGGUAAGAGGAUAUGUAUCUAUUAAACUUAAGUGUCCUCAGAAAAGAAAGAAGCGUGUAAGACAGCCUGCUUUAGAGCACCUGCGUGAUAGAUCUAAGAGCCAGGAAUAUAGUAACAGAAUAGCUGAAGAGUACUAUAACAACGAUCAGGAGCAUGGAAACUCUCCUUUAGAAGAACAGUGGAAGAAACUGAGAGAUAUAAUAACUGAUGUUUCAUUUGAAGUGCUGGGUGAAAGGGGCCGGAAAAAGAGAACAGAACAUCUCUCAAGGGAUACUAAAAAUCUCCUAAAAGAACGAGGGGAGAUUAAAAAGAAACCCAGUACUGCUGAGAACCGUGUUGGAACCCUGUUCUUGGGUUAA